UACCUUAGCCAUCAAACCACAGCUCACGUUAACAAACAAAUUGUAGAAUUUCUCUGAGGGAUUCACUUCUCUUCUGUUUUCACCGAUUCCGAGCUAUUUUUAGAGGGUUCCUUCUCUUUGGGAGGCUCUGGCUGACUGCUCUCGCAGAGAAGAGACAAGUUCAGGGAUUCGUAGUUGAUGGUUAUAGCGGUAAGGGCGUCCAUGGCAGGGAUCAGCAUGGCUUCCUCCCCCUCCUCAGCUCCCGCGUGCAAUAGAGGGGCCAUUGCUGUGCAAUCACUGCCUUUCAGGCAACCUUUCUUUGGCAAUGGAGUGGGUGCCCCAAAUUAUGCAGGACUGCAACUUUCUUUUUCAAGUAGAUCAAAAUGUAUUGGUUGCAGAGGGAAUGCUCUUGCUGCUCGAACGAAACUAUUUGAUAGGUUUGCCAGGGUUGUUAAGUUUAGGCAUAUGCAAACGCCCUCAUAAGCACCUCUGAGGACCCAGAGAAAAUAUUGGAGCAAACUGUUCUUGAAAUGAAUGAUGAUCUGAUCAAGGUGCAACAAGCCAUGGCACAAGUACUCCAAAAGGAAGGCAGAAGUGACUCCUCCGUGACUUUAACUAGAGUUGAAGAUGCCUCAUGGAAGGUGUCAACUGAUGAAGAGAUACCGAGAGUAGAAGGGGCUUCUCUUUUUCUUUCGUCGCUGCUUUGUUGGUGGACGCCCGUGCAUCCAGCACUAGCGAGUGAGGGUGGCUCGUCAUCGGCACCGGCAAAUGUUUUGUACCAAGUUGCCGAGCUGUUUGAAUUGGGAAUUCAGCUCUCGUACCUGCUCUUACUUCUAGCUUUGCUUGGUGUCGGUUCCUUCUUUGUGAUUCGCCAAGUCCUUGUUCGUAGAGAGCUCGAUCUUUCGGCAAAAGAGCUCCAAGAGCAAGUUAGGAGUGGCGAUGCUAGCGCAACAGAGUUGUUCGAACUUGGAGCUGUGAUGCUGAGAAGAAAGUUCUACCCAGCUGCGAUUAAGUUUCUCCUUCAAGCAAUCGACAAGUGGGAUGGAGACGACCAAGAUCUUGCACAGGUGCACAAUGCCCUCGGCGUGACCUAUGUCCGCGAUGGGAAGAUCGACAAGAGCAUCGCGGAGUUCGAGAAGGCGGUGAGGAUCCAGCCGGGGUACGUGACUGCCUGGAACAAUCUGGGGGAUGCGUACGAGAAGAGCAACGACCUGAAAUCGGCUCUGAGGGCGUUUGAAGAGGUGGUGCUGUUGGACCCCAACAACAGGGUGGGUCGCCCCAGGAGAGACGCCCUCAAGGAGAAGGUCGACAUGUACAAAGGCGUCCCUGUGCGGUCGUCCAAGAAGAAAUGAUCUUGACCCGAGCCGACCUCACCUCACCUCGCCUCAGAUGAUGCUUUGUGUGUCUUUGCAGCCUCUCUCUUUCUCUCUCUGUCUAUCUGUCUGAUGGUAGAUAUUAAUUUUGCGAAAAGGCUUUGUUGAGGAUAUAUAUGUUGAUCACUGGAUCCGAUCAUACAACAAAUGUAUUUAUUUAUAUGCAUUAAAAGUUUUUAUUUUUUUCUUA